UGGCAGGCCGCGGUGGCGCGGUGCUCGCUGCUCGUCAUGCCAGGAAUUGUUGUUUUCCGCUGCCGCUGGUCUGUGGGCAGCGAUGAUUUGGUGCUGCCCGGAAUCUUCCUCUUCGUGCUGCAUAGUACCUGGUUUGUUAUCCUGUCUGUGGUUCUCUUUGGACUGACGUAUAACCCACACGAGACAUGCUCCCUCAACUUGGUAGAUCAUGGUCGGGGGUACCUGGGCAUCCUGCUCAGCUGCAUGAUUGCAGAAAUGGCCAUUAUCUGGCUGAGCAUGAGAGGGGGCAUCCUAUACACCGAGCCUCGGGACUCCAUGCAGUAUGUGCUCUACGUGCGCCUGGCGAUCCUGGUGAUUGAGUUCAUAUACGCAAUCGUGGGCAUUGUCUGGCUGGCUCAGUAUUACACGUCGUGCAAUGAUGUCACUGCCAAAAAUGUCACACUGGGAGAAGACUGCAAGGACAGACUCGAGACUCUCACAAUAAAAUAAACCCAACAAUCCCAUAUCUGCUGGGGAAACAGUAGAGCAGUGGGAGCCUUACUUCAUAAGUGGUGGAGUUGCCCAAAAAGCCCAACCAAGCUGGACCCAGAUCUACAAGAUACAGGAAUUCAUUAACUCAAAAUGGCGGCAACACCAGGCCGAGCAUUAUUCCCAUGGACUGGAGGAGUUGCCAAGGUAUCAGAGAAAACAUGUCUUCCAUGUAAUAACUUCAGCCAGACUUCUUCUAGCUAAGAACUGGAAUGAACCAAGAUCCCCCCACAGAAAUGAAUAGAUCAACCAGAGACUAUAGCUAGAACUAUGAACACACGGCUCUCAACCUCAACCCCCCAAAACUUCAAAUCAUUGGAAAGAAUGGAAGCUUAGAGAGCACUUACCCAAGGGGGGGCCACAACAGUCAACAGAGGCUACAAUUUUAUUAUUAUUAUUGUGUAGGGACCCAUAGGGUUAAAUGGGUCAGGGUUGCCAGAUUUAUUUUUCCAAACUAGCCAAGGAUAGUUCUAUACUAGCCUAAAACUAACCAAAAGACGCUUUGAAAGUAGCCCAAAAAUAGCCCAAUAU